ACGUUGGGUGAUUGACACAGAGGCCCAAGCAGGGAGAGGCGGGGCCAAGUCCGGGGCCUGACUAAACUGGAGACUCGGUAGCCGAGGGGCUUCGUCCCAGCUGAGGAGCAACAGCCGCUGGUAGCCGCGGAUCUCGCCGCAGCUCUGGGUUUUUAGAACUUCAUUUAUAAAAAUGGGCAGAAUUUUCCUUGAUCAUAUUGGUGGUACCCGUCUGUUUUCUUGUGCAAACUGUGAUACGAUCCUGACCAACCGUUCGGAACUCAUCUCCACUCGAUUCACAGGUGCCACUGGCAGAGCAUUUCUUUUUAACAAGGUAGUUAACCUGCAGUACAGUGAAGUUCAAGAUCGGGUCAUGCUCACUGGCCGCCACAUGGUUCGAGAUGUGAGCUGCAAAAACUGCAAUAGCAAACUGGGAUGGAUCUAUGAGUUUGCCACUGAAGACAGCCAGCGUUAUAAGGAAGGCCGUGUGAUCCUGGAACGUGCUCUAGUUCGAGAGAGUGAGGGCUUUGAGGAGCAUGUACCAUCUGAUAACUCUUGAAGAAAAAGAGAUAAAUCCAUCUUUUCCCAGGUCUCCUUCACUGAAAUCAAAAAUCUACUUACAUACACUGUCACCUUAGCAUCAGAGUCGGAUUCAUGAACUGCGGAACAAGAGGUUGUGAGAAUCUAAGAUGGAACCUUUCUUUCUUUUUCUUUUUUUUUUUUUGUUUAAUUUUGUAUUUUCCAUCCAACAGCAGUGUGUAGAGAGAAUAUUAUGCAGAUGCCGUUAAUUUUUUUUCCCUAUGUUUACAUCUUGAAGCAGAAGAGUCUGUCUGCGGCUACUUGGUGGGCUAUGUAAGGAAAAAAAUCUGGGCUAUUAGAGAGAAAAAGUGUGUUUUAUGUAAAUUUUAAAAGGAAAAUAUGUCAAGAGCAUGGUUUUUAAACUUACUUGGGCUUCAUUUAAAAAAAUUUUUUUUUAAACCCAGUUAUUUCACUUGAUUUGCUAGCUUCAGAGAAGAGAUCCGAAUCUGUGCCCAGUGCGAAAGGCUCAGUGUUAGCAUGGCUUGUGCUGGCCAGUGUGCCAUAUUCUUGUUGGAGAUGAACCGUAGCACCAGAGCCCAUUCUUCCUUGUCAGUCUUGACCCAAAGAUGUCACCAUUCCUAGUUAUUUGUCACCACAUAAUUGGUGUUGAUUUGAAACAUUUUCUGAAAUGGGCAGAACUGCUUGGUUGUCUUUUUUCCAUGUAACUUAAGCAUAGUAAUAUAAAUAAAGUAAUAGUUGGAUGUUUUUGGUCUUGUGUUGUUUUCAAAAACACCUUAUGAAAGAGCAGAGUAUCUGAUAAGCAAUUUCCAUAGUAGUUAAGUGUUUCUUUUAAUAUCUUAAGCCAAUCAACUAUAUGAUAUUCUUUGUUUAAAUGAAAGCAUAUUGUUUAGACCCACAGUAUUACAUUUAGAAAACAGUUGAACAGAAUGUCAGUGUGUAUUCAUGCAGAACGCAUUUAAUCUGAAUCUGUUUUAAAACGGGGGUUGAAGCAGCUUAUCUAAAAAUACUGCUUUACAAAGCAUUUCAACCUUAUUCCCCUCAGUUUUGCAUUUUUCACAAGUCUGUAGAGCCAAAUAGUUUAAUCAAAGGACUAGAUCUCUAAUUAGCAUUGUUUUUCAGCUCCUCCCUCAGAAGUUCAGUUAUCAAAAUCAAAACUCUACUUGAUACCCUCAAAUGGAAAGAGAUCAAAUUUGACUCAGUGCUAUUUUAGCACCAAAUUUAUGACAUUAUGAAGUAAUAAAAUGUAAAUAUUUCUUUAUCCAAACUACUUCUACAUAUUCAUAGUAUUUGCUUUUGGUGUAAUAAAUGACAGUAAAAUUGGCUAAUUAUUUAAAUGAAAGAAUGCAUGUUUGCAUGCUCAGUUUCUAGGUCUUUUGUCUAGAAGGGAAAUUUACCUCAGUUGAAUUUGAAAUCUGUCGUUGAUGUUAGAAGUGACUUCUGAGUGCAGUUAAUUGUUCCUCUUUACUUGCCUUUGGGCUCUUGGUUAGAGGCAUAGUUAUCUGAUGAAGUAGGUAUAAUAUAUUGCAUUUGAAAUAAGUGGACACAAAUUCUUCCCUGUCCUCCGUCCACCAUGGACUAAAUCUAAGAACCUACAUUCAUUUCCAUUUCAUCCAUACUGGCCUUCGACUAUAUGCAGAUUCCUAGUAGCAUGCCUUAUCUACAGCACUAUGUGCAUUGUUGUCACAAUAAAGUGUAUUUUGUCUUGCA